CGGCAGGCCGGCAGCCGCCGGCCCCAGAGGGGAUGCAGCUGCCGCCUGCGCUGCGCGCCCGUCUGGCUGGCGGGCCUGGGGCGGCCGAGCCGCUGCCCGUGGAGCGGGACCCCGCGGCGGGCGCCUCCCCGUUCUGCUUUGCGGCGCGCCAGCAGCGCUUCCCGCGGGAGCACGAGUUCUUCGAGGAAGGGGAUGUGCAGCGGCACCUGUAUCUCCAGGAUGUGCUCACGCAGGUGGCCGAGGUGCCGGACAGGCCCAGGCUGCCGGAGUUCACCUGCCAGGUGGCCGGCUGCUGCCAGGUGUUCGACACGCUGGAGUGCUAUGAGCACCACUACCACACACUGCACAGGAACGUGUGCGCUUUCUGCCAGCGGGCCUUCCCCUCCGGACACCUGCUGGACGCCCACGUGCUGGAGUGGCACGACUCGCUCUUCCAGGUCCUGUCCGAGAGGCAGGACAUGUACCAGUGCCUGGUGGAGGGCUGCCCGGAGAGGUUCAAGACCAGCGAGGCCCGGAAGGACCACCUGGUGAGGGUUCACCUGUAUCCUGCAGACUUCCGCUUUGAUAAAGCAAAGAAAAGCAGAGGUUCUCAGGCAAAUAGGACCGAAGCCGCUGGUCACUCUGUCCUCCACAGCCCAGCCACGCCGAGCGCGUCUGCAGGAGCCCCACGGGAUGACGGGGAGCAGUCGGAAGGGGACGCCAUGGAGGUCAGCGCUGAGUCUGGGGCAGCCCCGGCAGCACCCUCGGCGGAGCGGAGGGCCUUGGGUCGCAGGGUUCCCCCCACCAUCUGCUUUGGCCAGGGUGCAUCCCGCGGGUUUAGAAGCACCAAGAGAAGAGACAAGCACCAGUGAUGGGGCCAGCAGAGGGCCCCCAGGCUGGGGCAAGCUGGACCUCAGCCCCUGUGACAGGUGUAGUGGGCGGGGCCUGCUGUCCCAGGCCAGGGCCCUGCCCAGUGAGGGCAGGGCUGUUGCUGGAAGCAGUGAGGCACCUGCAGGUUCUAGAAACCACGUGGGUGCCCUUUCCAAACAUGUGCAAUGACUUCUUCA